AUGAUGCGACCAAAAAGAAACCGCAACGAAAGUAUGCAUUACUUCAUCGUCGUCCUGACAGUCUUCAUGAUCCUUGGAGUAUUAACCCGAGUUUUUAUAAGACGUAACAAACUGAACAUACCCCACAAUUUAUUUGUCCUGGGAUUCUCAAUAAUUGCUGGCGCGACGAUUGCCUGCGUGAAGAAUUUCCGCGAUGCAUGGUUUGACUUAAAAAUGGCGCCGCAGUUUGCAGUGGGAGCAUACUUACCAGUUUUCAUAAUGUAUACCAUGUAUAAUAUGGACCACCAACUGUUCAAGAGAUACAUAUUACAAUCAGUCAUCGUGACAUUGAGCACUGCAUUGAUUACACCGAUUGUAAUCAGUGCAAGUUUCAUUUUCGUCCUUUACCCGGAAUGGUCCUACACGCAUGGACUUAUGAUCAGUAUGAUAAUCCUACCGCUAGAACCCCGCCAUGUUGUGGAACUAUUCCAAGUCCUGUCCAAUCAUAAAUUCCUCGCCACCAUGCUACAGAUUGAAUCGGUGUUAAUUCAGGUAUUUACUCCUCUUGGUAAUAAUUUAGUUGGGAAUUACCGUUCGGGAUUAGUGGAUAAAUGGUACCAAUUCUUUGCAAUCAUCGCGAGGGAAAUUAUUGGUGGUUUUAUUAUUGGAUUGUUAAUAGCGUUAGUCCACAUGCGAUUAAUAUUAUUCGUGUAUCAAGAACCCUUGAACGCUGUCAGUAUUUCAUUAAUCAUGGUUUACAUCACUUAUUUUGUAAGCACACAUCUGGCUUUUGUCAAUGGCAGUUUUGCAUUGAUCUGUAUGUGUUCCUAUAUUAUUAUGAACAAACACAAAUUACCUGUGGAAGUAGAUAAUAGUCUACAAGUAUUCUGGAAUACUUUAUUCAAUCUGGUUGAGACCCCGAUGUUGAUGUUCGCCAUGACUGAAGUGACGCUAUACGCCGUUUUGUUGUUUGAGUAUGCAACCAUGUACGGCGCUAUUUUCUUAUACGUUGUUGGAGUCCUAGAUAGAUUACGGGCGUGUAUUAUGCUUACGCCAAUAUUGAAUCGCAUGUCUUACAAUGUGAACGCCAAGUGUUUGUUUGUGUUGGGAUGGAGUGGUAUUAAAGGAGCGUCGAAUUUGUAUUAUCUUUUGACUUUGGUUGGGUUUCAACAUUUGACCGAAAGCAUGCAGUCCUUUUUAUUAGGAUCUAUGGGUUAUGUGGUCUUGAGUAAUCUUAUCAACUGUAGCACAAUGAGAGUAUUGUUGAAGAUGAGUGGAUUGUAUAAUAUUACAAUGACAAGAUUAGCUAAUAUGUAUAAUUACAUGAGGUACCUGCGACAGAGGCAAAUGUGUAUGAUGGAAGUCCUCAAAGCGAAUCGAUAUUUAUCCAAUACCAACUGGGCUUUGGUCAGGAAGGAAUCGUUUGUUUACCAGGUUUAUCUGGAUCGUGCAUCGACUUAUCAUAAAGCAAUGUUGUAUAAUGAGGAACACAACUAUCAGUUUAAUGAUCGUCUACUGACGUGCCCGGAUUGUCAUAAAGAGUUUCGGAAUGAACUUUCUGAUAAAGAAAAAGAAGACAUGUUGAAGAAAACUCUUCUACAAAUCUUUAAAAGUCAAAAAGUGGCUAUAAUCAAACAAUAUGAAAGUGGCGUAAUGAAUAAAAAUGUCCUCCAGAUAUUGGCACAUCAUCUGGACACAAAAAUCGAGUCAAACAAUCGUCGUAAAGAUGCAACCAUUAAUUUAGACCAAUUCAAUCCAAAAGGAAGGAGUUUAAAUAUUAUCAUCAAAAUACUUACAUUUAUAUCCCGUCAUCAAACAUACAAAGUCCCUACCAACCAUUUCAGACGCCUGGUUUACUUCCUAGUGCUUCAUUACAUGUACGAGAUUGUAUUGUUCGUGAUCAUAAUUGGUAAUGCAAUAUUCAGUUUAUGGAACGCUGAUAAAUGUUGCCAGAGCAAUAUGUAUUGGUACCAUUUUGCUAUAACGUUCAUUUUUGCUGCGGAUUAUGCGAUGAAGGUCACCGCGGUGGGAAUAUACGUUACAUUUAGUGAAUAUUGGACAAUAAUCGACAAAAUCCUCUUGUUUCUGGACUACAUUAAUCUGUUCAUAACACGUCAAUCAAAUGUAUUCAAUUGGUUCAUUUAUUACAUCCCAAGUUUCCGGUUAAUAUCCGCAUUAAGAUUGAUUACUGGUUUUCGUCUGCUUGGAACCUAUUCUCCCCGAAUUAUUACAUAUAUUGAUUAUGUUGUUGAUAGUAAUAUAGCGUUGAGGUUUGAUCUUGCUUCUGCUUGGUUAAGCAGUAUUGAGGAAGUUUUAAGUGGUCUGCCACAAAUUGCUCCUGAGAAAUUCGCUAGGGUGUAUUAUGAAAACAAUCUCAAUGAGGAGAGGAAGCGUUUGCUUGAUGAAAUGGCCGCUGUGCAGAAGACACGACCAUGGAUAGCUGUAACUGUCAAAACGAAACAAGCAAUUUGUACGACUUUGUUUGCAAUGGAUAUGAAUCUAAAAGAAAUGCAGAGAGCAGGAUACACAGAUGCUAUUGAAAGCGCCGCCAUUUUAAAACUGCUACGCGAACCACAACAGUUUCUCAUGAAUAUGAAAUUCGUCAAACCAAACGCAAUCAGAUCAAUAUUCAAGGAUGUACCUUGGAUGCCAAACGAUAAUGCUGAAGUCAUGGAAUACCUCUAUGAAAACACCGAGGAAGUAAGCAAAGACGCAAAAGAAACAAUCAUGCAAAUCGAUACGUUAGCCGAAGGUGUGUACGUGGUGGUUACUGGCAUGUUAGUCCUAACAUUUCAAUCGCUAACCAGAGCAUCACGUUAUGAAGGAUAUCUACCAGUUGUAGAUUACUUAGCCACUACUGAUUACAACAGCGUUUAUAAUAAAGUAGUUGUAUCAGGAAGCACUGUAGGAGAAGUAGGUGUGCUUACUGGUCGUCGAUACGACUGCACAAUUUACGCAGGUACACCAAGUGAAGGUUACUGGUUACCAGCACAAGUAAUCCGUACUGCAAUGUUCAUGUGCAGUAAUCCUGUGACAGGAAUGGAGGCGAUGAUGUGGCGCCAUUGUAGUGAGAACCUCGCCAUUGCUGUAAUCAUGCAAUCAUCACAAUAUAGAUCAUCUACAAGAGAAGAAAUCAAAAACAAGUUGAAAAACGCUUUCAUGCCUAUCCUGCGAGCGUACAUGACAUUUAUACGCAUAGAUUACUUAAUAGACAAUAUAAUUUUGAUAAAUGGCUGUGUGAUGGAUACAGAUACGGGGGAAGUGUACAUCGCUCCGUAUUUAAUACCGAAAAUAGUUGAAACAAUGACACUUAUGCAUAAUCCCGAGUUGAAUAUCGAGGUACAUUUGAUGGUGAUUCCCUGUGAGGGUGUAACUGCAGUUGAGGUUAUGACUGAAGAAGAGGAAGCGGCUGAUUUGCUACCCCAACGCAACAGUCGUGAAGUGCUAAGGACGAAACACGAGCGCAAGAAAACAAAAUUACACGCGACAGCAUCCACAAUAUAAAUUGACAUCAUGGAAUCGCCAUUUAUUUACAAGCGCAAUCAUUACUUCCGUCAUAUCCAGACUCCGCGCGAAUGGAAAGGAAUAUAAUAUAUAAACAUGUCUUAUCUCUACGCACGCUUUACUUACAAAUAUUUAAUGACUUAAUCAUACCUUGAAGACACUGCGACAAUAAAAUCAAGUGUUGUUUGUUUGUACAGCAUAA